UUGGUUGUCCGGUGUCUGCAGGGCUCGGUGUGGCGUGGGGACCGGCGCACCACUGUCCUGGUUCCGCUGGGGCACCAUGGAAGCUCCGCCCCAGCCUAGGCCACGACCUAGCACUGCAGGUGGUGCCAGGACGAGUAUCCAUUGCCGCCCGCUUUGAAAAUGGGGAACCUGAGGUCCGACUUUAUAAAACCAAAAACACGAAGCUGUCUGCCCCGGUUUCAUGGAGGAUAAAGAAGUCAUCCUGCCUGGUGCUGGAAGGAAACAGAAAGGCGGUGCUCUCCAGGAGUCCACGAUGCCAGAUGCGGCUGCCCACCUGCCCUUCUUCUAUGGGAGCAUCUCGAGGGCAGAGGCUGAGGAGCACCUGAAGCUGGCAGGCAUGUCAGAUGGACUCUUCUUGCUGCGCCAGUGCCUCCGUAGCCUGGGAGGCUACGUGCUCUCAAUGGUGUAUGACCUGCACUUCCACCAUUACCCCAUCGAGCGCCAGCUGAACGGCACCUACGCCAUUGCUGGAGGCAAGCCCCAUUGUGGCCCAGCGGAGCUCUGUGAAUUUUACUCCAAGGAUGCCGAUGGCCUCCCCUGCCCCCUGCGCAAGCCUUGCAACAGGCCCAGCGGGAUGGAGCCUCAGCCAGGUGUCUUUGACAGUCUUCGGGAGAGCAUGGUCCGAGAUUAUGUGCGCCAGACCUGGAAACUAGAGGGUGAUGCCCUUGAACAGGCCAUCAUCAGCCAGGCACCCCAGGUAGAGAAGCUCAUUGCCACCACAGCCCAUGAGCGGAUGCCCUGGUACCACAGCUCCAUCUCCAGAGAGGAAGCUGAGCGGAAGCUCUACUCAGGCUCACAGCACGAUGGCAAGUUCUUGCUCAGACCCAGGAAGGAGCAAGGCACCUAUGCUCUGUCCCUCAUCUAUGGCAAAACUGUCUACCACUACCUCAUCAACCAGGACAAGUCGGGCAAGUACUGUAUUCCUGAGGGCACAAAGUUUGACACCUUGUGGCAGCUGGUAGAGUAUUUGAAGCUGAAGGCAGAUGGGCUUAUCUACUGUCUAAAGGAGAUUUGUCCUAAUGCUACUGCUUCUUCUGCAGCUGUGACUGCUGCUCCCACACUCCCUGUCCAUCCCUCCUUGUCUAGAAGAAAUGACACCCUCAACUGUGAUGGAUACACCCCUGAGCCAGCAGCACACCCAAUCAAGAGUCAGGGUGAGAGCUCUCGGGUCCUGCCCAUGGACACCAGUGUGUAUGAGAGCCCGUACAGUGACCCCGAGGAGCUCAAGGACAAGAAACUCUUCCUGAAGAGAGAGAAUCUGAUGAUCGAUGAGGUGGAGCUGGGCUCCGGCAACUUUGGCUCCGUCCGCAAGGGGGUCUACAAGAUGAGGAAGAAGCAGAUCGAUGUGGCCAUCAAAGUGCUUAAGAAUGUCAAUGAGAAGUCAGAGAAUGAAGAGAUGAUGAAGGAGGCCCAGAUCAUGCACCAGCUGGACAACCCCUACAUUGUACGGAUCAUUGGUGUGUGCAAGGCUGAGGCUCUCAUGUUGGUCAUGGAGAUGGCCAUUGCGGGGCCCCUCAACAAGUUCCUGGCUAGCAAGAAGGAGGAGGUCCCCAUGAGCAAUGUUGUGGAGCUGCUGCACCAGGUGGCCAUGGGCAUGAAAUACCUAGAAGAAAAGAACUUUGUGCACCGUGACCUGGCUGCCCGAAAUGUCCUUCUGGUCAACCAGCACUAUGCCAAGAUCAGUGACUUUGGUUUAUCCAAGGCACUGGGGGCUGAUGACAGCUACUACACCGCCCGCUCUGCAGGGAAAUGGCCGCUCAAAUGGUAUGCGCCAGAGUGCAUCAACUAUCGGAAAUUCUCCAGCCGAAGUGAUGUGUGGAGCUACGGAGUCACCAUGUGGGAAGCUUUCACCUAUGGCCAGAAGCCCUAUAAGAAAAUGAAAGGCCCUGAUGUCAUCAAAUUUAUUGAAGAUGGUAAUCGGAUGGACCGUCCUCAUGGGUGCCCCCAAGAAAUGUAUUCACUCAUGAAAGACUGCUGGAUAUACAAGUGGGAUGAUCGUCCAAGCUUCUCAGAUGUGGAACAACGCAUUCGAACCUACUAUUACAGCCUAGCUAGUAAGGCAGAAAAUGCCUCAGGAGCCCCUCGGAUGGAGGAGGCUGCUAGUACCUGAAGACCAUUUCCUUUUCCCCGGAUCUCCCCAGUCCUUCCCAGAUCCUGGACCCAUACCUUGCUUCUUCCCAGAGAGGCUUCUUCCCCUGCCUCUCCUGUGCCAGCAAGACCACUGCCUUCCCUUCAGAUGCCUAAAACUUCCCCUUCCCAUCCUCUUCCCCCCCCAGAGGACUGAGAAUUCCAGAUCCUGGGGUAAAUGUUCUGCAGGAAAGCCAGGCCCCUUUCUGCACCCUUUCCUUGGAUCCUCAGAGCUUGUGGGAUCUUGGAAGGCAGGAAUGACCCUAUACCUCUGCCUUCUUGGGCCUCAGUUCUGGGCCCCUCCCUACUGGGGCUGGAUGGCGUCUGGUGGGGAUAGGGUGGGGUGGUCUGUGGAGGGCCAGCCAAACCCAGGCUGCAGGUCCAAGGGAAGCCAGCCAGAAGCUUCAUGUCAGUGAAAUA